GCAGAGCGAAGGGUGUGUUAACUCGGACUCCAUUGGAUUGACUUUGGCUGCGAUGGCGUUGACCACAGUGUCCACGAACUGCAGUCUCGACGACAUCGACCUCAACGCCCUGAAGGACCCGGCUGGCAUCUUCGAGCUCAUCGAAGUGGUGGGCAAUGGCACGUACGGCCAGGUGUACAAGGGAAGACACACGAAGACCGGACAGUUGGCCGCCAUUAAGAUCAUGGACGUGACGGAGGACGAGGAGGAAGAGAUCAAGCUGGAGAUCAACGUGCUGAAGAAGUACUCGCACCACCGCAACAUCGCCACCUAUUACGGCGCCUUCAUUCACAAGAGUCCGCCCGGAAAGGACGACAAGCUAUGGCUGGUCAUGGAGUACUGCGGCGCGGGUUCGGUCACCGAUCUGGUCAAAUCCACGAAAGGCCAGUCUCUGCGCGAGGAAUGGAUCGCUUAUAUUUGUCGCGAAAUCUUGAGGGGCUUGAGUCAUCUGCACGCCAACAAGAUCAUCCACCGCGACAUCAAGGGUCAGAACGUGUUGCUGACGGACAACGCGGAGGUGAAGCUGGUGGACUUCGGCGUGUCGGCCCAAUUGGACAGAACCAUCGGCAGGAGAAACACGUUCAUCGGGACGCCGUAUUGGAUGGCGCCCGAAGUGAUCGCGUGCGACGAGAACCCGGACGCCACGUACGACAACCGCUCGGACUUGUGGUCGCUGGGGAUCACGGCGCUGGAGAUGGCGGAGAACACGCCCCCCCUCUGCGACCUGCACCCGAUGCGCGCGCUGUUCCUCAUUCCGCGCAAUCCGCCGCCGCGUCUCAAGUCGAAGAAGUGGUGCAAGAAGUUCCAGUCGUUCAUCGAGACGGUGCUCGUGAAGGACUACCAGCAGCGCCCCUACACCGACCAACUGUUGAAACACCCGUUCAUCAGAGACCAGCCGACGGAGCGUCACGUGAGGAUCCAAUUGAAGGACCACAUCGACAGGUGUCGCAAACACAAGAGGGGCGAAAUGGACGCGCGCUUCCACAACAACGACGACGACGACGACGAGGACGACAGCAGCGCCGCCAACCACGACGCCUCGCGACAC